AUGCGUACACAAAAUUGCAUAUUAUGGAUCUUUUUAAGCACAUUCGCGUCUAGUAUUUAUGCUAAUGCAAUAAGAGACGCUGGCGAAAAUCUUCCCCUCGACACGCCAUGCCAAGUACGCAAUAGGUAUGUGGGUGUCUGUAUACUACUUGUGUCAUGUAAACCCCUACAAAAUAUAACAAUAAGUGACGAUAUCAUGGCAUUAUUAUCGUGUGGAAAUGAAAAUAUUUUUUUGAAGGUGUGUUGUCCUCGCCAACAAAUAGCAGCUACAACACCAGCAGCAACGCCAGCAACAACGCCAGUGACAACGCGAGCAACAACACCAUCAACCACAGAAGAUUCGGUCAUACAUUUUGGAGAUAAGGAAAUCACCUCAAAAUUCGAGAGCGAGAAUUCAGAAGAAACUAUAAUGACACUAGAAAAGCAAUCGAGACCUCAAGAUAACUUAGCAAUCCCAUCAAGAGACAUAUGUGGUAAAAUUUUCCCGACGAGGAUUGUUGGUGGCGACGCAACAGCUAUCAACGAAUUUCCUUGGUUGGCACGCCUUAAGUAUCGUUUAGAAGAUGGAACCGAACAAUAUGCAUGCGCUGGAAAUCUGAUAACACAUCAACACGUGCUAAGUGUAGCGCAUUGUGUAACUACCCGUCGCGUGGUGUCCGUCCGUCUUGGAGAAUGGGACGACUCAACAGAUACUGAUUGUAAUGACGAAAAUAUAUGUAGUGACCCACCCGUUGACCGAGGCGUGUCUGAAAUUCGUGCACAUCCUCACUUUGACAGGAAAGGUGCCAAAAAUGAUAUAGCUGUUAUUCGAUUGGAUGCACCAGUAAAUUUUACGGAUUACAUCCGGCCAAUUUGCUUGCCAACAAGUCCCUAUGCUGCCGCGCAAGAUUAUAAUAGAAAUACUGUAUACGAGAGUGCUGGUUGGGGAUUAACACAGUAUGGUGAAGUGUCGCAAAUAAAACGGAAGAUAAGCCUAAAUGCUGUGCCCUAUGAAAUAUGUCAAAAUAAAUAUUCAAACACUCUUCAAGAGUCAAGUGAUCCGCUAGUGAUUUGCGCGGGCGGUGAAAGGGGAGUGGACACAUGCUCAGGUGAUUCCGGGGGCCCGCUUAUUGCAGAAGUUUCGGAAGACUUUCAGAAACAUUGGUAUUUGUUCGGUAUGACCAGUUUGGGUGUAUCACGUUGUGGCUUGGAGGGUACUCCCGGACUUUAUACUCGCAUCACCAAAUACAUGGAUUGGAUUGAACAAAAUAUCACAUGA